UUCCGCCCCGCGGAGACCGGAGGGCGCCGCGCCGUGGGUGCCACGGGCUUCGGCGAUGGCGGAGGCUUUGGAUCUGAGCAAGGACCCCAGCGGGCCCACCCACUCCGCGACGCUGUUCGUGAAGGAGGACGGCAGCUCCGUGUCCUUCUACGUGCGGCCCAGCCCGGCGAAGCGGCGGCUCUCGACGCUCAUCCUGCACGGCGGCGGCACCCUGUGCCGGGUGCAGGAGCCGGGCGCCGUGCUGCUGGCCCAACCCGGGGAGGCGCUGGCCGAGGCCGCGGGCGACUUCGUGUCCACGCAGUACGUCCUGGACUGCGUGGAGCGCAACGUACGGCUCGCCUUGGAGGACUACCGACUGCGGCCCGCGGCCGACCCGGCCCGGGACCCCAAGGCCGGAGCGCCGGCUGAGGGCGGCGCCGUCGCCGAUCCCGGUCCCGAACCCCUCGCGGGCCGGAUCGCCUUCACCGAGGACGACGACGUGGCCAUCCUGACCUACGUAAAGGACAAUGCCCGCUCGCCUAGCUCCGUCACCGGCAACGGCUUGUGGAAAGCGCUGGAGAAAAGCGCGCUCACGCAGCACUCGUGGCAGGCCCUGAGGGACCGCUACCUCAAGCACCUGCGGGGCCAGGAGCACAAGUACCUGUUGGGGGACGGCCCCGCCAGCCUGGCCUCGCAGAAACCCAAGCGGAAAGCCGAGGAAGACCUCGAGGCUGCCGAUAGUGGUGAACCCCAGAACAAAAGAACUCCAGACUUGCCUGAAGAGGAGCCUCCAAAGGAAAAGCUCAAGGAGAAUGACGAACCAGGCAAAAAGAUGCUCAUCGAAGCCACCCAGGAGCUUGAGGAGGUUGUGGUACGUUAACCAGACUUCUCAUCAUGGUCUCUCUACCUCCAUUCUUUGAAAGUGAGCAUCCCGACNNNNGAGGAGGACUCUGAAACAAUGCCUGAUGAGGAAGAAGAAGAAGAAAAAGUUUCUCAGCCAGAUGUGGGAGGGGCCAUUAAGAUCAUCCGGCAAUUAAUGGAAAAAUUUAAUUUGGAUCUGUCGACAAUUACCCAGGCCCUCCUUAAAAAUAGCGGUGAGCUGGAGGCUACGUCCUCCUUUUUAGAGUCUGGCCAGAGGGCAGAUGGCUACCCCAUCUGGUCCCGACAAGAUGACUUAGAUUUACAAAAAGAUGAUGAGGAUACCCGAGAGGCAUUGGUUAAAAAAUUUGGAGCUCAGAAUGUAGCGAGGAGGAUUGAAUUCCGAAAGAAAUAAUUGGCAAGAUGAGAAAAGGUGUGAUAAGUUAAAAAUGUGAUCAUUGAACUUUGAUGAGUUUGUUCAUGAAAUAAUACUUGCCUUCUUAACUAUUACUGCCAUUGUUCCAUGAGUCCUCGAUUUUAUAGCCACGCAGAGUUCAGAGGAAGAUAAAAAUGAAAGAACUUGGCUAUGUUUAGAACUAGUCCAGGUAUGUGUCUGUUUUUGAAAAGGAAAUUUAAGCCUAGGAGAGUCUGGUCUUCUUGGUAGCAAUCCUUUGCUGGAAUGGAAGCCUUGCAGUACCGGUGGACAGGAGCUCGUGACAAAGGAGGAAAAUUAAAGCGUUAGUCUGGUUUUUUUCUUCAUGUGGCUUACAUAAGGAACCUCCUAUUCCUCGGCAGAAGCUCCUCUAGAUUGCGAAAGACUCCACAUCAAGAAGUAUCAAAAGAAUGACAAGAUCUUGAGCGGGGGCUCCCCCACACCCUUGUGUCCCUUGGUCCAUUCCCCAGUGAGCUCUGAUUUCCAGGCCUUUUUGAAUAUCCUCUGGUGCCUUUGUGGACUGAAUAUUUGUGGACCCUGUCCCUUGGUGGCUCUUUGAGCCCUUGUCAGUCAGAUCUCUAGCAUAUAUUUCUGUAACUCCAUUUAAUUUUGUUUAAAACGUGCACAUACAACAUUAGUCUUGAGAACAGGAAUAUGUCUUUAUUGAGAAUAGUUUGGUGCUGAGGACUAUGUUAGAUUAAAAAAUGAAUUGAUUCCUAUUUGUUGUGUUGCUUUCAUUCAUUGAAAAUCAAAUAAAACUUUGUAUUUGUGUCUUCAA